AUGGCUCGCCUUUGUGUACCCGGGUUCCCUUUUCGUCCUUCGGAGAAGGUGCCUCGAUUUACGACACGGCCAGCCUUUCGUUCCUUUCCUGCCCGCCGUAUCGUAUAUCGACCCACGACACCGACUCCGAUCCGCUCCUUUGAGCCAGUGUUUAGCAAACCUGGCAUCCGGUACUUCCCUCGCAUGAAGAAAGGUUCGCGUAUUCCUGUUCGUGUUGUCCCAGCACAUAUCUCUCGUUUCCUGGCCCGUGGCACCCUUCCCACUGUUGCCCCAGUCACUCCUUCAGCCCGGCCCAAUGUCACUCCUUCAUCUUCCCCCGCCACGGAGGCUUCUCUCGCUUGUCUCGAGGAGAGAAGAGAGGCUCGUCAGGCCAGAUCGCGGCCUUGGGCUCAGCUCAGGUCGUCGAUUGACAAGCAGUCCCGUCAGGGACACCUGUCAGCCCACCGUCCGUGUACCCCCCAUCCCACCCGUGUCUCUCGUUCUGUUACCCGUCCCCAGACUCCUGUCUCUCGUUCUGUGGCUCGGCCUCCCACUCCUGUCUCUCGUUCUGGCGCUCCCUGUGGCCGUUGCCCUCAUCACUGCCCCCAGCCCCGGCCCCAGCGCCAGCCCCGUCCCCGUGUUCCUGCUUCUACUUUUGCUCCUCGUUCCCAGCCUCCUGUCACUCGUUCUGAGGCCCCGGUCACUCGUUCUGUACCCACUGUCACUCGUUCUGUACCCCCCGUCACUCGUUCCCUCCCUCCCAUCUCCGAGCCCACGGUGAAGGCUACUCGGACACGCGCUCAACGGGUUCCGGCCCAGACAACUUCCUCCUAUGCGAAGGAGAGGCGCGUGCGCUUCGGCGUGACUACGGUCGUCCCUGUAUCUCGCUGGAUCGUGCGGCAAGAGCAUGUGUAUCCCGCUCCGCCUUUGGCCAUGGGCCACUUGCAGGGUUGGGAUGUCACUCCUCUAUCGGAGUCCGAUGAAGCUGGUGAGGAUAGCAAGUUUGUUACGUAUUGGGGUUCCGAUUCGUACAUCAUGCUUACAUCCAACCAUGCCAAGGAGCCUUGUGAUCGUUACGGUUGUGCGUGGAAUACCCUGGCUCGCAUCCAGCGGAAACGCCCGCACUGGUCCCCCGAACGUAUCUUCAAGGCGUGGCUGCACAUUCGUUCCAAUAUCAGAAAGCAAGGAGGGUUCGCCCUAUGA